AUGACAGCCUCCGUGCUGCUCCAUCCCCGCUGGCCCGAGCCGCUCAUGUUCCUCUACGACAACAGCUUGGAUGACAUUAAUAAGAACAUGGAAGGAUUCGCAGGCAGCAACUUCGCAGCCAACCAGUGCAGGAACCUGAUGGGGCACCCGGCGGCGGCAUCUCUGGCCCCCAGCAGCGCCUACUCCUCCAGUGAGGUGCCAGCCUCGGGCAUCGCGGAGCCUGGCAAGCAAUGCAGUCCCUGCUCCGCGGUGCAGAGCUCCUCGGGGGCCAGCCUGCCCUACGGGUACUUUGGCAGCAGCUAUUACCCGUGCAGAAUGAGCCACCACAGCAGCAUCAAGUCCUGCUCGCAGCCCUCCUCCUUUGGAGACAAGUACAUGGAGACAUCAGUCUCUGCUGGCGAGGACUUUCCUUCUAGGGCCAAGGAGUUUGCUUUUUACCAGGGAUAUGCCACAGCCCCUUACCAGCCAGUGCCAGGCUAUCUGGACAUGUCCACCAUUGGAGCACCUGGGGAACCAAGGCACGAGCCAUUACUGUCAAUGGAUAGCUACCAACCCUGGGCAAUUACUAAUGGCUGGAAUGGGCAGGUUUACUGUGCCAAGGAUCAAAGCCAACCACCCCACCUAUGGAAAUCCACCUUGCCGGACGUGGUUUCCCAUCCUUCAGAUGCCAACUCCUAUAGACGAGGCAGGAAGAAACGAGUCCCUUACACUAAAGUGCAACUCAAGGAACUAGAAAGGGAGUAUGCAACAAAUAAAUUCAUUACCAAGGACAAAAGGCGCAGGAUAUCAGCCACCACCAACCUGUCAGAGAGGCAGGUCACUAUUUGGUUUCAGAACAGGAGAGUGAAAGAGAAAAAAGUCAUCAAUAAACUGAAGACCACUAGCUAA